AUGGAAGAAAACUCCCAACGACCCAUGGAGGGUAACAUCAUGGCAGACGGGGGCAUCUAUCCUCAAGGCGUCACGAAAGUCGUCCCGCCCAACCGCCUCGAUUCGGAGCCGACGGAGUUUGGAGAAGCUGUGAUAGCAGAGGUCAAAUUCCCGCCAGCGGUGGGCCUCAGCUGCGAUCGUCUUGAGACAGCUGUGGAUGGCCUGCAAGGAGAUGCAUUUCCCGGUGUACAGGGACGGCGGUUGCAGAUAAACCCUGAUGGUAAGGGGACGCUGCCUGGACCGAUCGAGCUGCAAGAUUAA